AUGAUACUACGCUCUGGGCACGACGAAGAUUGCCUGUUUAUGAAUAUCUGGACGCCAUCGAAUGCGACUGCCGCAUCGAAAUUACCCGUGUGGCUGUUCAUUCAGGGCGGAGGCUAUGUCAGCCUUUCAAAUCCGAACUGGGACGGAGCGGAGGUAGUCAAGAAUUCUGGCUACAACAUGGUGUUUGUGGAGUUCAACUACCGUGUUGGCCUUUGGGGAUUUCUGGCGAGCGAGAAGGUUCGGGACGAUGGCGACUUGAACGUCGGCCUACUUGAUCAGCGAGCCGCUAUGAAGUGGGUGCAGAAGUACAUCUCUCACUUCGGCGGCGACCCGGAUCACGUCGUUAUUCACGGCGCUUCUGCCGGUGCCGGCUCGGUGGCACUGCACCUUACGGCCUACGGCGGCCGCAAUGACAGCCUUUUCGCUGGGGGCAUGGCCGAGUCCGUGUUCUUCCCUCAGCAGCCGUAUCUUGCAGAUCUGGAGUGGCAGUUUGACAGAGUCGCUGAAGUAGUCGGGUGCAGUAAUGAGACUGAUCAGAUGAGCUGCCUUCGCGGCAAAGACACCGCCACACUGCAGGCGGCUAAUGCCGCCUCGGGGUUCCCAGGACGGGUAGAGUCUGCAUCGCCGCUGUUCUACUGGACGCCGUGCAUAGACGGCGAUCUCAUUGAAGACAUACCGUACUCGAUGUUCGAAAGGGGUGAUUUUAUCAAGGUGCCGAUCCUAUUUGGCAAUGACAACGACGAAGGCUCAAUAUUCGCAGCAAACGCCGCGACAAAAUAUGCCAUGGUCAACUUUUUGCAAAACAAUUAUCCCCUUCUCCGGUCAAACGACACAGCCGCAAUCCUGUCAAACUAUCCACAGAUGGAGGCCCUCCCCGGCCACAGCGCCUGGUAUCCAUCCGCCGCCCUAGCCUACGGCGAAGCAACGUUCAUCUGCCCGACAGUGAACAUCCUCGACGCAUACGCCGCGCACUGGGACACGGACGACACGCCUCCGCUUUGGUCGUACCGCUUCAACGCCGCGGACCAGAUGUACGUGCAGCAGGGGCUCGGGGUGCCGCACCUGUCGGACGCGGCGGCCGUCUUCGGCCCGGACAACAUCGGCGGCAACGCCCCGCCGGGCUACUACACGUACAACGCCGACAUCGUGCCGGUCAUGCAGGCGUACUGGCUGAGCUUCAUCCAGACGCUCGACCCGAACCCGAAGCGCAACGCCACCGCGCCGGUGUGGGAGGCGUGGGGCACGAACCGGAGCCGCAUCCUCUUCGAGACGGGCAACACGAGGAUGGAGGACACGCCGGCGGCCCAGGUGCAGAGGUGCGAGUUCUGGGAGGGCUUGAAGGAUGUGAUGCUGCAGAAGAGAUGA